UUCAUCCAUUUUCUGUCUGACAAGUGAUUAAACACUAUUGAUAUUCCCGAGGUAGAUCAACUUGAACCGAAAAUUCUUUUGUAGACGACAACUCGAAGAGAUGGCGAGCCGGACAUCGGAACUAGUGGGUCGGGUCGACCCGGCCCAGAGCUUCGACGUUGAUGCUUUGCUCCGUUUCGCGAUUGCCAGCGUUGACGGUUUCCCGCAGACUCCUUCCCAAUUCAUCGUUUCUCAGUUUGGGCAUGGCCAAUCGAAUCCGACAUUUCUCAUCGAAGUCCACUCCGGAUCGUUAAAGAAGCGUUACGUGAUGAGGAAGAAACCUCCCGGAAAAUUGCUCGAAUCUGCACAUGCUGUUGAAAGAGAGUUUCAGGUUUUACAUGCCUUAGGUACUCAUACAUUGGUUCCAGUGCCUAAAGUUUAUUGUUUGUGUACCGAUUCGAAAGUGAUCGGGACUCCGUUUUACAUUAUGGAGUAUCUCGAAGGGCGCAUUUAUUUAGAUCCCAUGCUCCCGGAUGUACCACCUACGCAAAGGAACGCAAUAUAUCAUGCAACCGCUAAAGCUUUGGCAGCUCUUCAUUCUGCUGACGUGGAAGCCAUUGGUCUUCGCAGCUAUGGCAAACCGAAAGAUUACUGUAAAAGGCAGGUGGAGAGAUGGGCAAAACAGUAUAUUGUUUCUACGGGUGAGGGCAAGUCUAACAGAAACCCGAGAAUGUUGGACCUUGUGAAUUGGUUGCGUAAGAAUAUUCCUAUCGAAGAUUCUUCGGGAACAGCUGCAGGUUUAGUCCAUGGCGACUUUCGCAUAGAUAAUCUUGUGUUUCAUCCCACUGAGGAUAGAGUGAUCGGGAUUCUUGAUUGGGAACUAUCCACUGUAGGCAAUCAAAUGUGUGAUGUUGCAUACAGCUGCUUGCAUUACAUUGUGGAUAUUUCUUCGGACGAAGUGAAAAAGAACGAAGGUCUUGAAUUUAGCAGAAUACCCGAAGGGGUUCCAUCACUGGCGGAAUACCUUGCAGAAUAUUGUGCUUCUGUCGGAAAACCAUGGCCUGUCGCUCAAUGGAAGUUCUAUCUCGCCUUUUCUUUAUUCCGCGGGGCAUCUAUUUACGCUGGAGUACAUUGUAGAUGGAUCUUGGGAAAUGCUUCGGGAGGAGAGCGGGCCCGUCAUGCAGGAAAGAAGGCUGAUGCUAUAAUCGAAACUGCAUGGGCAUUUAUUCAUAGGGAAUCGGUUCUUCCCCUGCAUCCUCCACAGCAAUCAGUUCGUCAAGAAAACAUGCAACAUGGAAACGGAAGCGGAGAUAGCCUCAAUUUAAGUGGAGGAAGAUUUGUUCCGAAUAAGAAGGUUCAAGAAUUAAGAAAUAAAUUAAUCAAGUUUAUGGAGGAUCAUAUAUACCCAAUGGAAAAUGAGUUCUACAAACUCGCUCAAUCUGACAUGCGUUGGUCUGUUCACCCACACGAGGAGAAAUUGAAGGAGCUAGCACGAAAACAAGGCCUUUGGAACUUAUUUAUUCCUUUUGAUAGUGCUGCUAGGGUUAAGAAAGUCAUUUCCGACAAGGCGAUUGAUAAAUUACUCGGCGCUGGUCUAUCAAACCUCGAGUAUGGAUACCUGUGCGAGAUCAUGGGCCGUUCAUUGUGGGCCCCACAGGUGUUUAACUGUGGAGCACCUGAUACUGGAAAUAUGGAGGUUUUAAUGCGAUACGGAGAUGAUGAACAGAUACGCGAAUGGCUAGUUCCGUUACUCGAUGGAACUAUUAGGUCUGGUUUUGCAAUGACAGAGCCACAAGUUGCAUCCUCCGAUGCUACUAAUAUAGAGUGUUCUAUUACAAGGCAUGAAGAUUCGUAUAUUAUCAAUGGGAGGAAGUGGUGGACUAGUGGAGCCAUGGAUCCUAGGUGCAAAAUCCUUAUUGUCAUGGGGAAAACCGAUUUCAAAGCCCCUAAGCAUAAACAACAGUCGAUGAUUUUGGUGGACAUAAAUACCCCUGGUGUGAACAUAAAAAGACCGUUGACAGUUUUUGGCUUUGAUGAUGCACCGCAUGGACAUGCAGAAAUAUUAUUCAAGAACGUACGAGUUCCAUCCAAGAAUAUCCUUCUUGGUGAGGGACGAGGAUUUGAAAUUGCUCAGGGUAGACUGGGGCCCGGAAGGCUACACCAUUGCAUGAGAUUGAUUGGUGCAGCAGAGCGUGGGAUGCAGAUGAUGAUUCAAAGGGCGAUAAGCAGACGAGUUUUUGAUAAGUUGAUUGCCGAGCAUGGAUCUUUCCUUUCAGAUGUUGCCAAGUGCCGGAUAGAGCUGGAGAGCACUAGAUUGCUUGUUCUAGAAGCUGCUGACCAACUCGAUCUUCUUGGAAACAAAAAGGCUCGUGGCACCAUUGCCAUGGCCAAGGUGGCGGCGCCAAACAUGGCACUAAAAGUGCUGGAUAUGGCAAUGCAAGUGCACGGUGCGGCUGGUUUAUCGGGUGAUACUAUUUUGGCACACUUAUGGGCUACUUCAAGAACAUUAAGACUUGCAGAUGGUCCAGAUGAAGUUCACUUGGGGACUAUUGCCAAAUUAGAGCUAAGAAGAGCUAAGCUCUGAAAAUACUAUUUAUAUGUAAUAAUAAUAAUGUUGUAGAAUACAUAAUGUUGUUAUGUAUAGUAUGCAAUGUUGUGGACAGGCAACAAUAAUUAAGGUGGCGAUUUUGUAAUUUGAAUUUGCAAGAUAAGCAUUGAGAUAAUGCAGAAAUAAUAAAAGAAUAAUUUCUACUAA